GCAAUGAGUUGAAGCGUUCCCCGAAACUCGAUGUCGACGCGUCGUUGAUUCGAAACAUCGGGAUAAUCGCUCAUAUCGAUGCUGGCAAAACAACCGUUACUGAACGACUACUCUAUCUAGCCGGUAUCACGUCUACCUUAGGCGAUGUAGAUUCAGGUAAUACAAUAACUGAUUUUAUGGACUUGGAGCGAGAACGAGGUAUCACAAUUCAGUCAGCUGCAAUUUCGUUAUUCUGGCGUCAGAAUCGUAUCAACUUAAUCGAUACACCUGGUCAUGUUGAUUUUACACUCGAGGUUGAACGAUGUGCGCGUGUUUUGGACGGUGCAAUUACGGUGUUGGAUGGAUCGGCUGGAGUUCAAGCGCAGACCAUAACUGUUUGG